AUGGCUCCCGAACUUAGAAAGCGAAAGUCCAAGACGAACGUCGCGGAGCCUGUUGUGAAGAAGGUCGAGAAGGUGACGAAGCGCAAGGCCGCCGAGGAGACUUCGCCUGUCGCCCCCAAGAAGCAGAAGCCCGUCAAGGCCGCGGCCAAGCCGAAGAAGCAGACCGAAACUGAGGUCAAGGUCGACGUCGAAACCGAGGCCGCAGCCGAGUCCGCCCCCGCCGUCAAGGAGAAGAAGAAGGUUGCCAAGAAGGUCAAGAUCGCAGAGCCCAAGGAAGAGCCCGAGGAGAUCGUUGUCGAGUCGGCGGAGGAGACGGUCAUUCCCUUCGAGGAUGACGCGUCGGAGGACGAUGGCGAGGUCGACGCUGAGCUCCAGGCCCUGGCCGCGGGUCUAGACUCUGAUUCUGAGGAGACUGGCCAGACCGACAAGGGGUCUGAUUUCAAGACCGGUCAGGAUGUCGGCAAAAUACCCAAGCUGUCCAAGAAGGAGAAGAAGGCAUUGGCCGCGAGCAAGAAUGCCGCCAAGGACGAGCCUGGUGUCAUCUACGUUGGACGCCUGCCUCACGGUUUCUACGAGCAUGAGCUGCGUUCGUACUUCAACCAGUUUGGACCCGUUACCAAACUGCGCCUGUCAAGGAACAAGCACACUGGAAAGUCCAAGCACUACGCCUUCAUCGAGUUCAAGUCUGAGGGCGAUGCCGACAUUGCGGCCCGCACCAUGAACUCUUACCUCCUGUUCGGCCACAUCCUGCGCGUUAAGCUCGUGCCCCGCGAUCAGCUGCACGCCGACAUCUGGAAGGGAGCCAACAGGCGGUUCAAGAAGACGCCCUGGGGCAAGAUCAUGGGCAACAAGCUCGCUCGUCCGUUGAGCGAGUCUGCCUGGGUCGAGAAGAUCUCAAAGGAGGAGAAGAGGCGGCUGGAGCGCGCAGAGAAGCUGAAGGAGCUCGGAUAUGAGUUUGAGGCUCCCGCGCUGAAGCAAGCUCCUGCGCCUGCCGCCCCCGAGACUGUCGCCGCCGAGGGUGCGGAGGAGGUCAAGGCUGUCGAUGCCGCUCCUGCGGUGGAGGACGCAACUGCCGUCGAGGCCACGGAAGAAGCCGCGGCUGUGGAGAAGCCUAAAGUGUCCAAAGCGAAGGGCAAGAAGGCGAAGAAGGCCAAGGCAUGA